CAAAAUUCCUUUUUGCUGGGCCUUGCUUCUGCGUUUUUAUUGAAAGAUUACGUCUUUUUGCUUUGCAUUAGCAUCAUUAGCAUCACAUUUAAUGUACCUAGUGAGAAGCAUUUCACUUUAUUUAUAAACGUAACUCUUUUAAGUGCAAGUAAUUGUUGUACCCUUUUGAUGUCGUAUUUCUUUUUUUUUUUUACUGGUCACAACUCUCAGCUAUUCUAUGCGUUACAAAUAACGGACUAAUAUUUUUCUGCCACGGCCAACGAUAGUUUUGGAAAAGGAGGGGCUGCACACGUGAAGUCCACUGAUGAGACAGGGUCAACAUCCGCUACUGCUCUUUGUCUUCAUCCUUUCUUCUGGACGUCCGCUGCGUGCGGCAAGGCUCCUUCGAGACGCACUGAGGAUAAUGUGAAAAGGCCUUUGUUUUACUGAGGAGUGAUUUUUUUUCCUCUCGAGUAAAAAGGAUGUCGAGCUCUUUGAUGAGUAUGUUUCUUGUCUUUGCUCUUUUUGGAUUUUUGUUAUUCGCUGUCCAAUCUGUCAGUGGUGAACCAGAGGCACGAGAAGAGGAAGAGGAGAGAUCAUGCCAAGGUGCCUUCGACUUAUACUUUGUCCUCGACAAGUCAGGAAGUGUCAAGCACCACUGGCAUGAGAUCUACUCUUUUGUUGAGCAUUUAGCAGAGAAAUUUAUCAGUCCCCUGCUACGAAUGUCCUUCAUUGUAUUUUCAACCAGAGGAAACACAAUCAUGGAACUGACUGAAGACAGGGACCACAUAACUAAAGGCCUGAAUGUUCUGAGGAGGGAGAUACCAGGAGGAGAUACCUUUAUGCACCUUGGCCUGGAAAAGGCCAAUGAGCAAAUUCAUCAGGAAAAUUUUGGUAAAGCAAGUGUCAUCAUUGCAUUGACCGACGGAGAGCUGAAUGAGCACCAGUUGGUUGCAGCUCAGCAGAAGGCUGCUCAGGCAAGGGCAUUAGGUGCCAUUGUGUAUUGCGUAGGAGUCAAAGACUUCAAUGAGACACAGCUGGCUACCAUAGCUGACACUAUAGAGCAUGUGUUUCCUGUGACGGGAGGAUUCCAAGCCCUUAGAGGAGUGAUUGAUUCGAUCAUCAAGAAAUCCUGUAUUGAGAUCUUGGCAGCUGAGCCAUCCAGUGUGUGCGCCGGAGAGUCAUUCCAGGUGGUGGUUCGAGGCAACGGCUUUUUGCAUGCCAGGAAAAUCGACCAGGUGUUAUGCAGCUUCAAGAUCAAUGACACCGUCACUUUAAAUGAGAGGCCUGCAGAUAUAGAAGAUACGUAUCUCCUGUGUCCAGCACCAGUUAUAGACGAGGUGGGAAAGGUGGUGUACCUGCAAGUAAGCAUGAAUGAAGGCUUAUCGUUCAUCACCAGCUCAGUACACAUCACCACAACCGAGUGUUUUGAUGGUACUAUUCUCCUGAUUACUCUGCUGGGUCCUCUUCUUGUUGUGGCCCUGUUGUUCAUGUGGUGGUUCUGGCCCCUGUGCUGCACAGUAGUUAUCAAAGAGCCCCCUCCUCCUCCAGCACCACAGCCAGAGUCAGACGAUGAGGAUGGAAUACCAAAAAAGAAAUGGCCAACCGUGGAUGCAUCAUACUAUGGGGGAAGAGGAGUUGGAGGGAUCAAACGAAUGGAGGUCCGAUGGGGCGGCAAGGGCUCUACUGAAGAGGGUGCCAAACUGGAGAAACCCAAAAAUGCAGUGGUGAAAAUGCCGGAGCAGGAAUAUGAGCCCUUUGAACCCAAGCCCAAAAAACAAGGAAGUAAAAAGCCCACCCAGGACAGGAAAUGGUACAGUCCCAUUAGGGGCAAACUGGAUGCAAUCUGGGCUCUGUUUCGCCGUGGUUAUGACCAAGUUUCACUUAUGAGACCACAACCAGGAGAUCAUGGUCGAUGCAUUAACUUUACUCGCGUGAAAGAGGAAGCUUCGAAGACCCCAGCAAGUGCCCAGAGCCCUCCACCCCCUCCACCUGACUAUCGCCCCGCCCCCAGUGCCGUAAGCCCGCCCCCAAAAGGACCACCCCAGGCGGUUCCGGGCCCACCCCCUGCCCGGGCCCCUCCCGGGCCCCCAGGACCUCCUCCAGCACGGCCCCCUCCCAGACCCUGAGAUCCAACAUGAAGACCACCAGCACAGCUUGGUGCAGUUCAUUUAUCCAGCCAAAAGAUGCUCCUCUCACCAAAGAAUAAGGCACACAAAAUAAAACAAAAGUUGUAUUUAUCAGUGUCAGAGUUAGGUGGUAGCCUCUUCUAUGUGGUUUGUUGCUGGACAGCAAAAAAAAAAAUAUUGUAACAAUAUCAAAAAAUACCUGUAAUAGGGGAAAGAUGCUAAUAUCAACUACUGAACACACCACAAGCAGCAAAAACAAUAAAGAGAACAUUUUUUUGCCUUAGAAUAGGUGAAAAUAUCUCCUUUUUCUUAUUAACUAUCAGCUUCCCCUGAACUAAAAAUAAUACCAUAACAGUCCUCUUUGUUUUGAAAGUAGUUUUGAUUAUAUGGUUUAUUUUUUUUCCAAAGGUUAUAUGUAAGUAGAUUGCAUUAAUAUCACUUUGGAUUAAAUAUAAAAUCACCACAUAUUGAACUUUAAAAAAAACAGCAAGCAUUUGUGGUCAUUUUAUCAUGCCAUGCUUUCAGAAAUGGAUUUUAAAAGUUGUUUCAAUGAGUGCUCUCUCAGGUUAGCCUCUUAUCCUGUGACAUCACAGAAGCCUGUUGACUGAAACAGGAACAGGUAUCGCAAGUUACGAAGAUGCAAGAAUAGUGCAAGUUGCAGUUGUCCAAAAGUGGUGUUAUUGCAAAGCUUUGAUAUAUUUAUCAAAACAUUUGCUAGUCUGAUGCUUUUGGUACGUAAAGUCUUUUUCUAGGCAAACUGUGUACAGAUUUGUAGUCUGCAAAUGAGCAAUUGUUGAAUAAUUGUAGGUGUGGAAAUAGAGUCCAAGAGUCCAUAGCAAUAUUCAAUAAGGUGUCUUUGCUUUUGAUUGUAAAAUCCUCUUAAUGUAUGCAGUCAGGUCAAUAUUUCGCAUCAUAAAUGUUCUAUAUUCCCACAAACUGUACUGUAUUUUGAUAUUCAUCCAUUGCUUUGUUGUAUCAUCAGACACAUCACAACUGCAGGGCAGUUCAAAGUAAUCUAAUUUAUUAUGCCCCCAGCUAGAGUAACUUACUUGAAUAUGACAAGGUGUCCUCUGUAAAAGGAUGGACACUGUGCAUAGUAAUCCACAAAAAAAUCUUGACCUUUUUUUCCCCUUUUAUUAUGAUUUUUUUGUGCGUUUUUAUUUCGCAGUUUCCCCAGGCAUGAAUUACUUGUAACACUGUGUUUAGUUUCCCUGUCUUAUUUGGAAGGAAGGACUCUUGGUACUACGUGCAAAAUGUUUAAUGAAACCAGCUAAUUGGAUACACAAUGUAGUUUGCAAUGAGGUAUUGGAAAUGUUAUUCAUUAUGAACCAUAUAAUGAAGUUUAAUUUGUGUACCCCUUUUUAUCGCAGUCAUUUGAAACAGUGUAAGCUGUACUACAUGAUACAGGAGUAAUAGAGUGUAAUACUGUCUUUUGUCUUAGUAUUGCCUGUUGCCAACAGUAUUGAUGCAUCUAUUAAAAGAUGCAUAAACUGUUUCCUUUUUAUACAUUAUUAAUAAAGGUCAUUUUCCAAGCUUUUA